AUGAUUGGAAAUGCCUGGCCUCUCCGGACGUCUGCGGCCGCCUCCAUCGAAAUCCAAGCCGAGCAUACCUACAGUCUCGAUCCCUUCACAUGGAUCCCCUCCCACGUCUCGACCCUCUCGAAAGCGGCCAGCGAUAGAGCUACAACGGCCUUGAUUCGUCGAGUUCUAUGCCCGAACGCCUCUGGCCAUGGCGGCCUGGAUCGCGGCAGCCCUCGACCUCUGGAGGAACUGCUUCCUCCACUCACCAGCUCAAACGAGGUUGAUCUCCAGCUGUAUGCCUUGAUGGCUGUCGUUAUCAGAGAGUUUGUCUACUCUUGGUAUUCGAAGAUCACCCCUGACACAGUCUUCACGGAGGAAGUCAUCCAGCUCAUUGCACAUUGUACGAGGGCUUUGGAACAGAGAUUGCGGCGGGUUGAUGUGGAGACACUACUGUUUGACGAGAUCCCUUCGUUGCUAGAAGCUCAUAUAAUUGCGUACCGAACCGCCCGUGAAAGCUCAGCGAUGGCUGCAGACCCAGGACGGCGACUUCGCUUAGUCUAUCAUAUGCUGAACCCACAUCCGGCGCUAUCGCCAGUCCCAGGCCCUGGUGAUGAGGAUGCAGUGAAGCAGCAGGAAGCCGAAAGGGUAUACCGUCAGCUCCUAGCUCAUGGAGCUAUGGCUGUCCUUUUACCCACAGAAGAUUUGCAAAAUGUCUGUUUACGAACGUUGGUUGGUGAUAUACUGGCCGAUCUACUCCUGGGAGGGGUUGUUGGUGGGAAGGUUGCCGAGGGGUGGUUCAUCUGGGAUGCCAUCUCGAAUAUUCUCACGAGCUUGAACCACACAAGACAAAGCGAUGGUGUGGAACACGAUCAAAGUGGCAAUCUAGAAAAAGCCGAUCACGAACCUGAUCAGGAACGAUCAUCUAGCGUGAUUGCGCAGCUUCUCGACAUAUCGAGCCGAAUGCCAUGGCUUGGAGGGUUUCUGGCCCUUGUUCAACACCUCCUGAUGACAGGCCCGGGCAGAGCUGGAACGGCAGAUGGAGUGAUUGACAGGAAUCACUCCAUCCUCCUCCGCGCUGAUCUGUGGGACGGGCCUUCCUCCCUUCCGCAAGCCUCCAACCUUUUGCAUUCUUCAGGAUUCAGCGUCGCUGUGCGCCGAUUGGCAUGGCCAUUCACCCAUCCCAUCACCGCCUACGCCGAGAUCGGCACCCUCGCCAGCAGUGGUCCUAACGCUGGUAGUCAGAACCACGGCCAUACUAACGAUGCCCUACAGGAGACGCAGACAUCGCUUAAUCCAACCCCGCCUCGACCUGGCAUGCUAGACGCACCUUCGCCUGGAUCUCAACAGCCGUCUGCAGCAGAGCUAAAAUCGAUCAAACGAACAUGUGCUGCGAAUAUACUUGCGUUGAUCCCUCGCCGUAUAGCGUUGGCCAUUUUCGUGAUUCAAACGGAUAGAAGAUUUGGCUCGGAGCUCAGUACCACAAUCGGCGACAAACCGGAUCCUCUCGUUCGCUCCAGCACUCCCGUGUCUUCAGUUAAUAGUAGAAUAGACACGCCUCUACCAGGCGCUGGAUCUGAACCGGGACUGGCGAGAGAUUCGAAUUCGAGCCGUGGCGAUGGAAGACAUCACGAGCCAGCUACACCUAGACAAUACGUCCAAACUCGCAGCAGUCAUGAUUGCAAUAGUAGGGACAAUAAGGCGACCGAUGACGGCCCCGAUCUGGCAAAGGCCAGCUCAGGUAAGGCACCAAAGCCUUACGGCCAAGAGGGAGAUGCGGCCUUACUGUCUGCAGUCGAACAUGAUCUCCUAGACCUCUUCUCAGACACCUAUUGUAACAAGCAUCUCAUUUACUCUAUUGUCGAAGCUACUCUCGUCAAGCUGAUUCCUGAAAUGGGAGAGCAUAGCGUGACCGAGCUAAUGAGCGAACGGGGAGUUUCGUGGUCGACCGCAACGACCAAUGAAUGA